UAAUACCGUAGCUAUGUAAGGUUCUACUUUCAUUCAGUUCGGAGUAAGAGAGGUGUUCGAUAGUGCUAGCCGGGAUUCUGUCUGCGAAAGUAGCUUUUAUAGUCAGUUUAGUGUGUGGCUGGCAUGACGAGAUUCAAGAUAUGGAACAGUUGCAAGUUGCUUGCUGUACUUUCCGUGCUGUUGGUUUUACAUCCCGAAACAGUCCAGACGUCGAUCAAUGCAACGAGACCAACUGAGCACGAUGGAGGUGUUAUAGUAGCUCUGAAGUGCAUCUUCUCAGGUGCGCCUACAUCACCGUGUGGUGAGGCGAGAGAUUACAUACUUCCUAACAGAGUUAUGCAGAUGUUUGAAAAUAUGACUGAAGGUAUGAAAGACAGCAUCAGAAAUUGUAGGCUGGAAACGGUGACACCUGAGGAUAUUGUAAAACUUCCUGUUUCAUUGUUCCUUCUAAUUCCAUCCCACCGUCUGAGCAGUGUUCCAGGAUCUUCACUGGCUGCAUUACUUACCAAAUCUGAAGAUGUUGCUGUUGCAGUGAAAAUAAUGGAAAAUUUUAAUGUUGCCACGUUUGAAGAAUUUUUCAUGAUGCUGCAAGGAGUUGGAUUGACAUCCCAGAUCCAAAAUACAAUUGCCAAGAUUUUGGUGAAAUUGUUGCCAGAUGUGAGCAGCAAUUGGACUUAUCCCAGAUUCAAGAUAAUAGACAGGGUUGGCAAUCCUCUUCUGGCUCAUUUACCUUCAUACUUCUUAGCUAAUCUUACCAAGUUGGAGGCUAGUAAAUUCUUAUUUCAUCUUCGGAACUGGCUGUGGUCAAAUCUGCCAAUUUACAUCUGGCGUGGGAAAACAGAGGCCUCUAAGAGAGCAUGGACAGACUUGAUGUUGCGCUCUUCAUACCCUUAUAACCUGUCAGAGUGGAAUCAUAAUGAAGUGAGAAGAUUCAGGUUCUUACUGGAAGGUGCCACCCCAGAUGAGCUUAAGCAACUUACUAUGCAGCAGUUGCAGAACACACUACUCUUCAAAACAAAGCUAAGCAGACUUCAGGUACAAGCAUUAUUCAGUAUUCUGUACUCAAACAGAACGUUAUCAUCGGCUAACCUAUUGGACACACAGCUUCUCUCAGUUGCCUUUCAGUUGUCCCCAGCAAACUUACUGAGGUUCAAUGUCAGUUCAACAGACUUCAGAAUACUUACACCUCUCUUUGAGCAAAGGAAGUCUUCUUGCUCAUUUAUAACAGCUAAACAAAUCUUGGAAUUACUAAUUGCUCAGUCAGUGCUAUCAGGGAGACUUGAGAGUGUGAAACCAGAAACAUGGGGUAAUGGAAUUGAACAUUUGGGCAAAUUCAUCUACGUUCUUCCAGCAAAUACUUUGGAAUCUUACGUGUUGUCUCCACCAACAGCUUUAGUGCAGUCUAGUAUAGAUUCUGAUAGAAUCACAGCAAAACAGGCUCAUAUACUUACUGGAGGCAAUGUCCUUAACUUGGAGAAACCAGACUUAAUAAUGGGUCAAAAGGGAUUGCUGCGAGCUUUGUCAACUUCACAACUUGCAUCUGCUAGAACUUUACCACAGAAUAUACUCUACCACCUUCUUGUAAAUCUUCCACCUCACAUGCCUUUGCAGGCAGCAGCUUUAUUGCAGAAGUUGGAAAAGCUCAUUGGUGACAGCUGGACUUUGGAAAAAAUAUUAUCAAACAAGGACCCAAACCAGUUUUUUGAAAUGCUGUCCUCACGAACAGUGGCAGCAAUUGUAACAAGUAUAGGAAAUAUACAGGGGUUUGACGAGGCCAUUAAAGGACUACCACAGAAUACGCUCUCAGUAAUAUUGACUGCUACGAGAAAGAAGCUGACAAAUGAGCGUGGUAUGUGGACUUCAGAUAUUCUUCUGUCUGGUGGUCCUAACGUUGCACUCCUUGGACUGACAUGCAAUGAUAUUUAUGCUAUGGAAGUUGUGGACUUUGUUUAUAUAAUGGAGCAGUACAACAAAGUCAGGAAGGCUCUGAACAAGCCUUUUCCCAAGGAUCUUCAGUAUUGUUCCCAAAUGGCUUUGAUGAAUUAUCUGGAGAUGAAAGCAGGUUUAUGGGACUUCAAGCAUUCUCAACUUCUAGAUUACUUAGAACCAGCUGAGAUUGAAGCAAUUGGUGGUUAUAUUUUGGCAACUUUACCAACCCAAGAUGUUGAGAAGGCCAUUAACGGUCAGCAUAUAUUAGAAGCUAUUGGCCAGUUGUCUCUGCCAGAACUCCUUGUAGCUACGAAGGAAAUUAAGCCUUACAACUACGCACAGCUUCUAUUGAAAAAACAUAUUAAACCAUGUCAGAAUAUGACUGAAAUAAAAGUAUUUGAACUUUCCAGUUUGGGAAAUCUCAUUCAUUUCUUACCAGCAAUUGACAUUGUAAAGAUAAAUCCAAUUUCCUUUAAACUGUUCAUUGAGUCAAUAGGCGAUUCAACAUCAAAAGUUGUCUGCGGUGCUGAUUCAUCUGCAAGAUCAGCGUGGUAUCAGAUUAUUCUAAAAACAUUUGGACAGCCUUACAACUGGACCUCUUCAAUAAUAGCCAGUCUGGGCGACUUUCUGCUGGUUGUACCAAGUGAUGAGUUGAAAUCUGUUAAUGUAGAUAGUUGGAGAGAUGCAGCAGACACUUUAACGGAACAAACAUCCUACCAUAUGAAAAUGGAGUGGCCUGGAAUAGUUGAUCAAAUUCAAUUCUACCAGGCUUGUGCUGAGGUUCUUGAAGAUUUUGAAUCUUCUAACUAUGUGGAUGCAGUUCGUGGGCUUGCACGCUGGUAUCUUGCAGCAGUUCAGAAUCAAUUGAACACUGUUGUCAGUGCCUCUCAACUUCUUGCAUUGGCUUAUCAGUCAAAGAAAGGGAAAGCUGAAAGAAAAAUGGUUAUUCCCAAUUUCCCUAUGGAGGUACAACAUCCAGAUAAAAUUGUUAAAGUUUUAGAGCCAAAUGAAGUUGAACAGCCAGUUAGUAUGAAGAAGCCAGGAGCAGAUCUGGAGUUUGGAACAGAUCAGUAUGAUACGUCUACUGUACAAGCAACUACAUCAGACAUACUUGCAGACUUUCAUACAACAUUCAAACCUCAGAUUCAUGCAACAAUUUUAGAAUCUAGCAGUACUACACUUUCAAAAGAGACUGAAGCAGUUUAUAAUGCUAUUUCAGAAGAAAGUAGGAAGUUUCCAGGUACUACUUCAGCAAAGAAUUCUUCUGAAACUGUACUGCCUAAUGAACCAAAAUCUACGACUCUUCAGACCUCAACUGUAGCUUGGCAUCAGAAUGAUGAAACGUUAAAUGUUCAUGUAAUUAAAAUCUUGGAGGAAGUGAGCACAACUACAACUGCUGACACAGAAGUUGGUACGCACAGACCUAUGCAAGCGUCAACUCCAGCAACAGAGAAUAGUAGUUCGCCAAGCAGAAAAUUUCAUGAAGUAAAUAAGGUUACACACAGUUCAUAUCUGAUUACUUUGAAGGGACUUGCAGAGACAUCAACUCUUUCACUUAAGGAUUCGUCAGAAAAGGCAACUGUUACACGCCCAACAACUGCAGUAGCUGUACUUAACGGUAUUACAGCUGUACCAGUUUAUGUAAAUUCUACUGAAAAAAAUGCUGAGCUAUCAACAGUCCUCCCAAUUAAAUUUUCCAGUGAUAUUGAGAACAGAAAUUUAGGACAAGAAAUCAAUUUGGAAAAAUCUAUUUCCCGUCAAGUAAAGGAUGCAGAUGUUUCUAUGAAGAUGGGUGACGAAAUAUCUAUCUUCCCAAAGAGGUCUAGAUCUGGGUAUACAAAAGUCAAGAGACAUGUUACAGUGGUAGACCAGAAAGAUCAAAAAGUCAGCCAGACGAUUAAUGGUAAUGACAAGGUCGAAAAGUCAGGAGAAAUCUUGAGAGAUGUCGUGAGGACAAACGCUUUGGCUUCGCAGACCAAAUCAGCAGGUGGACCAACUCACAGUCCUGUGACUGAAGGAACUUCUGUGCAGAUAACAGAAAGAGGACACAUGACCAGAUACUGGCAGAAGGUGUCUUGUGACGCCAUCAGAGCAGCGGGAUUGUCUGCGGGCCUGGCUCUAGAUGAGACGGAUAUUGAGCUUAUGGGACAUGAAGAACUGGAAAUGUGUGUUGACUUUUUAGGGUCCUUGGAACUGGAUAAUAAAGUACAAAGAAAAAUAUGGAGUCUUGUAAACAAGGACAAAUUACUGGAAAACUUAUCAGAUUUAGGCAAACUGGUGAAAGUUCUUGAUGUUGAUGAUGUUUCCAAAAUUAACUUGAAUUUGAGUUCACCCAAUGCUCUGGAUAACUUAGCUACUUUAAGUGAAAUGGUUAUGGACACGCACGUGCUGCAGGAAGUAGGAAUCCAUUUCCUGAAGAGUAAUCCAAACACGAAGAAAUUGACGAUGGAGACUACAGUAGCAAUUGGCAGAAUACUUUGUGAUGUAUUAGCAGUCUCUUCACAGAAGCUAUACGAUCUGUUAGAACAGUCGGUGUUUCUUCGGACAUCGCCUAUACUCGGAAGAAUGAAGGACUGUCCUACGCACUGUCUGCACAAGUUUGCCUAUUUGGCAACUAAAACUUCUGAAUAUGGCCCACUCGACACGUGGACAGCCGAAGAUGUCACAACCUUAGGAGUUAUACCAGCAGGCCUCAGAGCAGAACAGUGGAGACAACUAAGCGCAACUGGGUACGGUAACAAUCCAUUGGUUGGUCUAAAGCCUUCCGCUAUUAGAUGUAUUCCACCUGAAAUUUUUAAGGAAUUUGAUGAUGACCAAUUGAAGUCAUUGCCAACGUUAAGUGCUGCAGUGGUGUCAAAAGAGCAGCUCUCUUACCUCUCAGAAUCACAGAAGUUAUCAUUAGCAAGAGUACAAAAAGAAGUACCAAUCUUGAAACAUUUAAAAGAUCCCGACUGUAGCACAAAAGAAAAUGGCAGAGUCAGGGGAAGUGCGUCGUUUAAGAACUUUAGCUUCCUAGUCGUAAUUUCGUUAGCUGUGAUAUCUAGGUUUAGUGCCUAAAUUGGUCCUGUGUAAUAUAGUUUUUGUAGUAUAUCAUAU